AGCCCUGAAAACACAAAUACAGAAGGGAGAAAAGAGAGAGGAGAGAGGAAAAGAGAGAAGGGAGAUAUCGUUUACAGUCGGUUACCGGCGAUCGGAUAUUGGAUCCGUCCGAUCAUCAAUCAUACAAUAAGAAAAGCAUGCAUUAUUAAGAAAAUUUCAAGUUCCUCUCCAAUAACCCUCGCCUUUUCCACUCCCUUCCGAAAAUUUUUGAUCUUUCUGACAAUUUUACUCAUCUUUUCUCUCCAUAUCCAGCUAAACCCUAUACAUAUUUUUUUUAAUGGGAACCAAUGCCGAUUUGCCUUGUAAUAACCACUCUCCACGCGACGGACCCACUCCACGCGACGGACCCAACAGCCCUCAAUCUCAUCGGGCCAGCAACAACACUCGUAAUCUUUCCUCCCCAUGGACACACGUGGUACGCGGCGGUAGUACCACCAGCAUCAACGAACGGGAAGCGGUGCCCACUGCCGCUGCCACCACCACCACCCCUCCUCCUUCAUCACUGUCUGUCGCUGAUAUUCCCCUGCCGGACCCCGCACCCGAGCCGGCUUACUCCCCUGAGAAGCCGUUACCGCCUGGAAACGCCGUGGCCGAGGCCCUGACCGAGAGCUCUGAUAAGGCUGCUCAAGGAAGCAGCAAUGCGGCACGGGCAAUGAAGAAGCAGGCAUGGAACAGGCCAUCUAACGGUGUGAUCGAUGCGGGUCCUGUCAUGGGGGACAACUGGCCCGCCCUCUCCGAGUCUGCCCGGGCAUCGGCUAAGUCCUCCGAUUCUUUGAAGGCUCCCUCCGAUGGAUCUGUCCCAGUCUCCAUAUCUCCGGGGCCUGUGAUCGCAUCCUCGCCACAUAAGCCAACUACUAAUAAUGCAAAUCCUAAUUUGACCCCGAAUCAUGCAUUUCCCGCUCGUCAUAAACCUGCAAAGCGUGGCAGCGGCGGCGGCGGCGGCAUGGGGCCUGCCAACAAUGGCAGUUUCAUGCCGCCGCCAGUAGAAACGCCUCAUAGUGCUUCUGAUAAAGUGGUGGCAGCAGAGGUGGUUCUGGACUCUUCUCCCAGAGACCCUCCACAAAAGAACAGCAAUUGGGAAACCGGACCUCGGGGCCCGUUCAUUCCCCAACCCCACAUUGGGACCGACCAGCCUCGUAGCUCAUCCCGCAGAGGCAAUGGUGGGCUGCGUGGCGGUGGGGAUGGAAAUUACCAUAGCAACUAUAUGAACCGGCGAGAGCAAGAGCGCCCAAGCUAUGAGUGGAAUCAUCCACAAAGUUUUAGUGGUAGAGAUGCACCCAUGCGGCAGCAGAGAGUUGUGCCGAGGAAUUUUAUACGGCCACCACCGCCUGCUCCUGCUCCUUUUGCUAGUCCUCCGCCCAUUCGACCUUAUGGUGGUCCAAUGGGUUUCCCUGAUUUGUCUUCUCCACCAUAUUAUAUUCCGGUUCCACCUCCUGAGUCCCUUAGGGGGGCACCGUUUGUUGCACAUCCGGGUCCACCUGCCCAUGUAUUUUUCCCUCCACUGGAUUCUCAGUUACGGACUAUGCUGGUGAAACAGAUAGAUUACUAUUUCAGUUCUGAAAAUUUAUGUAAGGAUCUUUACUUGCGACGCAACAUGGAUGAGCAUGGCUGGGUUCCCAUUUCUUUAAUUGCAAAUUUCAAUCGAGUUAAGCAGAUAACAAACAGUAUCCAGUUCAUAUUGGACACAGUGCGGAUGUCAACCAUAGUAGAAGUUCAGGGUGAGAAAAUAAGGAAGCGCAAUGAUUGGAUGACUUGGAUCCUGCCACCAACUAAUCAGUCUGCUGCAUCGUCGGGCCCACUGUCCCCAGGAAUAUCAAACUACGAUGUGCUGGCGACUGGCAUGCAGAAUAUCGGAUUAGAGGAGUGGACAGGUAACAACAACAGUAUGAAUGGUCCCAUGCACCCUCAUCCCGAUGGAGUCCUAACUAGGUCAUCGUCUGGUGAGUCAAAUAGUCAGUCGCAGGUGGCCAUGCCAACUGGAACCUCCAAUGGGGAGGGGAUGGGACAAACCAUCGCCCAAGUGGGUUCUGAUCGGCCCACGUCUAUGAGAAGUUGAAGCAAGGGUGAAUCGUGCUAAAGCCUAAUUUCGAGACAAAAGGGGGUCAGGGGGCUUCUAUGACCGUGGAUGGGAGGGUUAGGAAAGGUUUUUUCAGGGGUUUUUGUAAAAAGGAAAAUGGUUUAUUGCCUCACUUGAGCAUUGCAGAGUCAGCUACUUGAUUUCUCUGUGCUAAAAAAAAAAAAGAAAAAAAGAAAAAAAAACCAAAAAACAAAAAACAAAACAAAAAAACAAAAAAACGAAAAAAAAAAAACAGAAAACCAAAAAAGAAGAAGUAGAAGAAGAAAAGAAUUAAAAAAAGAAAAGAAAAAAAAAAAAAGAAGGAAAAGGACAAAAGGGAAUCCUAAUUUAGUGAGCUAUUUUGAGGAUGUUUGGGAUAUGUAUAGUUGGGUUUUGGUGUGGAAGGGAUGAUGGUUUUCUUAUGCUGAUUACUCAAGGCAUGGUUGGGAUUGGAGGGAGUGAGUUUUGAGGUGACAUCCCUAGCUAUCCCCUCUUUUCUCCCAUCACAUGCCUCCAUUUUUGGGAAGAUUUGGAGAGUGUUUUCGAGAGUAGUUAAGAAUGAAAUGGGUGGAAGAUUCUGCUGGAUGGCUUCUGCACGUCCCUGGCCUCUCUCUCUCUCUCUCUCUCUCUCUCUCUCUCUCUCUUAAAUGAGUUUUUUUUUUUUUUUGUUAAAUAUAAUAUUACAUUAUAUACCUUUUUCUUCAUGACUUGAAGAUUUUAACUGCAUAAAAUGCCCUGAUAUGAGAGGGUUGACAUGACAUUGCUAGAUUAGGAUGGUAUGGAUUUAUUUAUAUGAUUACUUUUUAGUAG